GGUAUCAUAGUAGGCUUAGUGCAGUACCAUUUCGAUUGUCACUUCAAGUGGCAUAUUUCCGUUCACAGGCCUGUGUGCCGCCGAUCUGGGAAUAGUACGGCCGGCUUUCGGCUUUCAAUUCUCAUCUGUCAUAAUUUCGAAACGGUCAUUCAAGUGGAAAGGUCGGAUCAAGUCGCCGGGGUUGUUUCUGUGAAGUAUUUUUGUUUUAUGAUCAUUUUUCCAUUCAUGCCGGGCCGUGUUUGCGUAGUGCGUGGUUUUUAAAUAUCUUGCGUAUUUUUUUCGCGUGGAAAAAUAAGGUUUCAGUGAUUUUUUGUGUAGUUUUAAAAUCAAGUGGAAAUACUUAUUGGAUUACCUAUCAGUAGAAUAAUUUAGGAACCGAAAAAUGCUAACACGACGAUCUAAUCUUAUCUUUGGAAGGAUUCGCGCUGUUUAGAAAUAUUGCAGGCGGGCAAACCACCGACGCCGAUAUUGUGAUCGUAUAGUGUAAUAAACUAAUGCAGAAGUCAACAUUUGACAGAUAGAAAUGGGAAAAAGUGCCAGCAAAUUAAAGAAAAGAGCCAGCGUACACAGUCUGAACUGGAACAGAUUCUCUUCUUUGCCUAUUCGAAAGUCCCGACUAGCCAAAGAGAAUGGAGUCAGCAUCAUUCCGAAACCGAAACACAAAGACAUAUCGCAAUGGCUCAAGGACUUGGACUUGGAACAGUAUAUUCCACUGUUCAGCAAAUUCCAGGGAGUGGAGGAUAUCCUGGAAUUCAACGAAGGGGACAUCAAGGAUUUGGGAGUGAAAAAAUCCUCGCACAGGGCCACGAUUGUCAGCAGUUUGACAUGUCUGAGAGGGAAAUACAAUGAUGAUUUAAAUCGGAAAACAACUCUUCGACAUAGUGUGGCCGUCGAUACAACAACAAAACGAAUGGAACGAGAAGACACUUUGACAGACCUAAGAAUUGUCAGUGAAGCCGUCCAAAGCAAAAGCCUUAGUACUCUAAUUAUGGAACCGGUGGCAGAUCCUCAUGCCAAUGCCGCCGACCUCCGCAAAUCUCUGGAAUGGGAAUUAUCGCAAGACAGCAGGGACUUGAGAUCGCACGCUUGGUAUCACGGUGCCAUUCCAAGGUCACGUGCCGAGGAUAUCGUCAGAGGGGAUGGCAGCUUCUUGAUCAGAGACUGUACAUCGCAGCCCGGAAACUAUGUUCUCACUUGUCGCACAAAAGGCCACCCCUUGCAUUUUGUCAUCAACAAAGUUUUUCUUCAGCCGGACACUGUAUAUGAAAGGAUACAAUAUCAAUUUGAAGAUGAAGCUUUCGACACUGUACAGGACUUGAUAACAUUCUACGUGGGAUCAGGGAAACCUAUUACGGUAGCUUCGGAAGCGAAAAUUCAAAAUCCAGUUAACAGAAUGUACCCUCUUUCCUUCUACGCUUCGAAAUAUCCAACACCUCUUCCAUCAAGCAGGCUUUCGUCGCCGGCAACGACACCUGUCGGAACGAUGCAGUACCGACAUAGUCCCUUACAAGGGUAUAGGCCGAAUUGUUCGCCUACUAGGAGGGAUGGACCACCAAGGCUGCCAUCUAAGAAACAACGAUCUCAGUCACUCACGCCUUCAGAAGUUAACCGCAUGUCACAAGAGAAAUGCAACAGCGCAGAUGGCGUCAUUCAGUCGCCGCUGAUGACCAGAUCGGUAGGAUCGGAAAGUGUCAGUUCAGGAUUGAAAUUUUCAACGCACUCGUUACCGCGCACCACCCACAACACUAGACUGUCGCUUUCUAACAGUGCCAACACUUUAGGAAGAAAUUCCAGGAUAACUAGCGAUCCGACCCUGUCGCCGUGUGCAGAACGACGACUGGGCACCGACGCAGCAGAUUCGGGCAUCGAAUCCCCUCCACCCAAACCAUCGCGCAUGCCUUAUCUUUCCAGGGCGGAAUCAGUGGAUUCUUCUGCGCUGGGCUUCCCUACUCACGGCGGCCUCCAACGGGUGACAUCGUAUCACGCCAGCGGGUCAGAUUCCGGCAACGGUUCGGGCGAUUCCGCCUUAAGCUCGGCAGCUGGGGAUACGGGAGAUCUCCCCAAAGGAAGUGGUGUAAUCAUUAAGAAUCCUCGAUACAAUAUGGUAAAUUCUGAAUCUUCCACAACGUUAAAAAAUUUCGAUUGUACAGAAGCAGAAGAAAAACUUCUUCAAUUUAUAGAAAGCCAACCUGUAAAGUUCGGUAGUAGAUUAGAUUUGGAAAACUUUCACACCCUUUUACUGCCCGUCAACGAGAACAAGCCGCUGGACGCCCAGGCGCUAAAACGAAUUAAAAUGACCCUUCAGGAGUCCGGACCUCGAAUACUGGCCAAUCACCUCACCAAGACGGACCUUGAUCUAAUUUUCGGCAAGUUCGAAGCCGAAUUGCCCGUAACGAACCUCAGCAGCGGCAUAGAGCUGUGCACUCUACCUCACGGCUUCCUUCUUAGACACGACCUUAUAGAAAGAACCGAAUGCUUGAAACUGUUAGUGGCAGUAACGAUUCUAACUUGUCCCGAUGUAACGGAACGAACGGAAACAUUGAACAAAUGGAUAGAAAUUGCGAUCGAUACGAAAACAGCGUUGGGCAAUUUGUUUGGAUUUUGUGGAAUCAUGUUAGGGCUUUGCUUGCCUCAGAUCGAACGACUAGAUACGACGUGGCACAUGCUGCGCCAAAAACACACCGACUCGGCCUUCAACUUCGAAGCCAAACUCCGCCCAACCUUGAAGAACAUGAACAGUUGCUCAAAUCCUCAAGCUCCUAAUACUACAAUACCCCACUUACUACCUUUAAUACUACUUCUCGAAAGAGAUCUACAAGAUUUCGUUAACGCCUCCAACCAAACGACCCUCACACAGAGCUGCCUCAGCCCCUGGGAGUCAAACACUCAAGACUUCGGACUCAGUACUUUACUAAAUCAUCUACAAGCUUCUAGAAAGUACACGGACUUGCACCAUACUUACCAAAGAAACGCUGAGAUAGUACUUAAUGAAGCAAGAUUGGACGAAUUGACGUUGGAUAUGUUUAAAACAGAAUUCCACCUGAAGUUCCUGUGGGGCAGCAGAGGAGCAUUUGCUUCGGCGCAGGAUAGGCACAGUAAAUUUGAGCAAGUACUUACGGUGCUGUACGAGAAAUAUUGUAAUUUUAUAGAGGAGAACGAAGUUCAGUAAGUUUACACGGCGUUAACUGUUGUUUAUAAAUUUUCUGACUGCUAAAAAAUAGGUUGGGAAUUACCGGAGUACUAUGAUUUAUCUAAUACUAGAAUAUAAGAACAGAAUGUUAUUAAAAAAAUAAACAAAAACUGCCCAAGGUAUUAUAGAGGAACAUUCAUUUAAACUUUUAAUCUGUAGCGCCGGCUAAAAAGGUGGGAGAAAUUUUUAUCAAUGAAAAAAAGUUUAUGGGGAAUUGAUUCUUUGUAUCUCUAUGCCCAGUAACCUUCGAAUAAAAUGAUUAAAGGAGCAUAAUGCUAUCCAUGUAUUCCAUAUAUGACAGAGAUGGGGACCUAGGGUAGGGAUCCUUGACAGUUCUGUACGACGUUUCAUGUGACACAUUUGAAUUUGAUUUGAAAUUUUGUGGAUUUGGUUAUCUUUACUGGGCUUAUUUUAUGUUAUUUAUUAUUUAUUCUACAACUGGUAGUUAUUUAGAGGUAGUAAAUCUAUAAGAAAAUUGUACAAGAACUUAAAUUAACAGUGACACUAUUGCGAUUUAUCGAAAGAGUCUAUAAAAUAGUUGGUUGUCUAGCGUGCAGUAGAUCUCGAUUAAAAAUCGAGGGAGAUGGAAUAAGUUUUUUACUAGUAAGAGUGACGAAGAAUAUACAUACGUGUAGUAAACCUAUCAUUUAUGAAAUUCACUUAGAAUUAACUAAUUAUAUAUUUUUUCUUGCAAUUUCGCUUUUAUUUACUACUUGUCAAAAAAAAUUAGAUACGUUAAUUUGACUGAUGUGCUUCAGUAAGUUCAGUAGCGGAUCUAAUGCUUUUGUUUUUAAAUAAUUAUAUCUACUUUUUAUUAAAAAUAUAUAUUUUUAUAACAAUCUCAAUAACUACUAACAUUUAUUAACAAUGUAAAAUAACACAACAAAUUAUUAAGUCUAUCCUAACAUUAUAUUUUUACAAAUUUUGAGUAAAAUUAGAACGGCACUGAUAAACCGGAAUUUAAGUCGGCCAUUUUAGGUCCCCAUUGCACACGACCUAACUUUUUUCAUAUGCUCCUUUCUUAUCUUUGCUUUGAUUCAUAUAAUAAAAAUAAUGUACUUUUUUUUUGAAAAUUUUCAUUUUGCAUUGAAAACAAUAGCUCUUUGGCGUCAGAGUUGGACUGGAAAUCGAGAUCGCUGUCACUUGUGUAAAAUUAUAUGGCGUAUAUUAUCGAUCAUCACUCACUAUAUCCUGUAUAUGGUGUUAAUUUGUUUAUUACUCGCGAUAACAGCUUUAGAAAGAAUAUAAUAUAGCUGGUUGAAAUAUAGCAACCUCGGCCCGCUCGUCGAUAGACGACGCGACGGGAUGAGUCGGCAGAAAACCCUAUAAGUGUAUGGUUUCUCAAUAGGCAGUGUUGCCAUUCUGUUCCCCUAUAAGUAACUGUCCAGUUAACAAUCUGUAUAUUAACACGAAUUAAUAAACAUAAACAAUUUUCUUUUAUAACACCAUACGACGGAAAUAAGACGGCGUCAGAUUUGGCUUAGACAUGGCAGUCGCUAUUUUACACGUAAACUUAUGGGCGAAUGUCAUCGAUCGUUAUAUUUUCAAGCCGACAUGACGCCGUUUUUUUUUCAUCAUACAGUCCUUUUUUUAGAGAUCAUCUCUGUACUUUUCACUUUUUACUUUAUAUUUUAUUCAUCUAACACCACUUAUUACAUAUUUAAAAAUAUUUUCAUCCUGUAUUAAUUCCGCAUAAACUUUUUUUAUAACAUAAUAAAAUGUUUCCCGUUUCUUGCAAAUUUUUUGAUGGACUUAAAACAUCACAGACCAGCAACUAGAGUAUUAUUUAAACUUCUUUACAUUAAAUUAUGACCUGAAUAAUACUUGCAAGCGUAAAAAAUACGAAAAUAAAACAAAUCUCAUCAAAAAUUAAAUUUGUAAAAAUUGUAUUUACUUGUGAAUAUAAUUAUUCUGUACCAUUAUAUAUGUAAUUAUAAUUAUUUGCUGUAUAUAGUUGUCAGAGCAAUAAAUAGUACUUAUAUCUUAUUUUAAAUAACUAACGCAACCAAUAUUGGCUCAUUAUUUUUGAACUAUGCUCAGUUAAUAUACAUGGUGAUCAUAUUUUAAUUGGAUAAAAAAGCAGGCGAUUAGAGAUAUUUUCAGUUCAAACCCAUAAAACAAUCGUUAUAAACUAAAACACGCUCAUCAUAUAUCACACAUGAACAAAAAGCAGUAAUGUGAUUUCAUAAUUAAAUAUUUUACUGUAAAAACACCUUAUAAACAAUCUAAACUUGGAAAUAAUAUUUUUUGUCAUGUCCUAUAAUUCUUAAACGUAACCUUUUCCAAUAUGACAAAAAACGAACACAUCUUUUUAAAUACUGCUAAAACGUAUUAACUAAGAAAUAGUUGAAUGGCAGAAUAAAAUUGCCUGCCAUUCAAAUUAUUCUGAAUACAGACGUUAAAGCAGCGUCCUACAAUAAUAGAGGUCAUUUGUAUCCACUGCCUAAAUGUCAUAUACCAUAUGACAAAUGUCAAAACGUUGAUAAUUUGUCUGAGAAGAACUGUAAAUUAUUUGUUUAAAAUAGGAUCCCUCUGUAUAUACCAAAUGAGAUAUUUGAUAAUGCUUAUUUGCUAAUGAUGAAUUGAAAAGUUUAAAUGAUGUUUUGUAAGUUUAUAAGCAUAAGAAUCGGCCUAAGAUUAGCUUGCUAUUCUCAUAUUAAUAUUAAUAUUAAUACAAUAGCAGAAUGUUCACUAUGAUGAAGUUAGAAGUAAAAAAAAUCUCUACUGUUGGGUCAAUUUUUAUGAUACAGUAUGAUUUCGAAACAAUACAAAAAAAAUGUAAUCACUGCCUAAGACCGCAAAUUAAAAAUAGAUCGCACUGCCAUGCUUUAUCGAAAAUUUACAUAUUAUGUAUUUAUGUAGUUUAAGCAUACACAUAAAUUUUGUUUCCUCUAAAUUUUAUUUGUUUCUUAUAUCCAUAAAAUUAAAGAUUAUUAAAAUAAUUAUUAUUUUUGAUAUAGUUUCUUAAUGCUAGAUCAUAAACAUUUUUACUCCUAUUAAUUUAAGUAAAGGUAAAUGGUAAUACAGUUAAGUAUUUAAUUUUAAUACAUUGUAAGUUUUAAAAUAUCCUUUCACAAUGUACUUCCGUCGUAACAGUUUACGAGUUACAGCCGACCUCCUAUUAUUUGACCAACCUAUACCAUCCUGGACACUUCAUCUGUGUGGUACUAUAUUUUAAUGCAUGCGACAGAGAUAAAUAUAAAUGACCGGUUGACAGACAGAGAAACAAAAUAAAAAGCGGCAAACAGUGUUGCCGGUUUUUAAGCGUGUAGGA